AAAACGAAAGUGGGACACGACACGCGAUGUUUGUCGCAAUGCAACAAGAUAUAUUUUUGAGUCUAACUUGAGAAAAUGCGUAUAUCAAUAGCAGUUCUAUGUUACAGAAGCUGAUUGGAAGCAGGCCAAAUCUUGUAGGACUGUCUGUCUGCAUUCCGAACGAACAUUCUCAAAAGAUUUGUUGGUAAAGACGAUCACGUUAGUUUUUUACAAACCAUGGCGCUUCCAAGUUCUGCAACCGACUGGACAGAAGCACACGUCAAAGAAUGGCUUACCCAUAUAGGAUUCGGUUCUUAUGGCACCUUGCUGUGCGAUGUCCAUAAAAUUAAUGGAACAGCCCUACUAAUGCUUUCUGAAAAGGAUCUAAAAAGUCCACCUCUGAGCAUUGAGGUGUUAGGAGAUGUAAAAAAUCUAGCUGUUCAGCUCUUCCUGUUAAGGAUGAGGCAUGAGGAGAAAAUCAACAAAAUGGGGUUUCCAGUAAGUAGCAAAGCCCUCUUGGCCCUCCCCUUCCCUUCUAAAGAUGCUUAUGGAAUCCCAAAGAAAAAACUGGCUGCCAUUAUUAAUGCAAAGAAAGAAAUGGACUUUUCGGGUGCAUUUAUACACCAAAAUGGAUCUAAUAGACACACAAGAGAAAGCUCUCCUGAAUUUGUUGUUGAUGAGCUAAAUUUCUUUGUAAGUCCAGCAGAUGGAAAUCCAACAAGUCCUGGAAUGGCAACUCACUUGGACCCAGAAAUUGGAAAAACUUUUUUAAGUAUCACUUACUUUGUCGUUGUGACCAUUAUUACUUCUCUCGUGAUGGUCACGGUACAUGACCGUGUCCCGGAUAUGAAAAAAUAUCCUCCUCUUCCCGAUAUAUUUUUAGACAACGUUCCUCUCAUUCCUUGGGCAUUCGAUAUGUGCGAAGUGUCAGGAUGCCUACUUCUAAUUACUUGGAUUCUUGUUCUUGUUUGCCACAAACACAGAAUCAUUUUGAUGCGCCGAUUUUUUGCGUUAACAGGCACUGUUUUUCUUUUGCGAUGCGUUACAAUGAUGAUCACCUCAUUAAGUGUUCCGGGUUCUCAUUUAGAUUGUUCUCCUAGGCCUUACGGCGAUAUAUGGGCGAAACUGGAAAAAGCUCUUGAAAUAUGGCGAGGUUUCGGUAUGAGCGUCCAGGGUGUUCGGACUUGCGGCGAUUACAUGUUUAGCGGACACACAGUCACACUGACGAUGCUCAAUUUUUUCAUCACAGAAUACACACCGCGUAGACUGUAUUUUUUGCAUACUUUCACUUGGAUUUUAAAUUUGUUCGGAGUUUUCUUCAUCUUAGCCGCAAGAGAGCAUUACUCCAUCGAUGUGUUUGUCGCUUUCUACAUAUCGUCACGCAUGUUUUUAUAUUACCACACGUUGGCCAAUUCCCGCACACUAAAACAGCGAGACAGAUACCGUGCAAGAGUAUGGUUUCCACUUUUCAGCUUCUUCGAGGCGCGCAUUGAUGGCAUGGUUCCAAAUGAAUAUCAAAUGCCCUGGACAUAUCUUUCCUUGGCGUCGCUGAAUAGCUAUCGCCGUCGAUGGAAAAAGUUUUUACUUAAACUAUGGAAACAUGUUGGAUUUAGUCAAGCCCGAAAACUCAACAGUAACGUUUCCGACAAGGAAAAACCUGACGUUAACCAUAAACGAUCAAAAAAGAAAAAUUAAUAGGAUAUCGCCGAACUGCAUUUUUUGUGCUUUUCGCUCAUCGGAAAAGUAAUGAAGUAAGAUUUAUACUCUAUUUAGUUUCACCUUGGAUUCGCUACAGCGCGUUCGACUGCCCACGUUUCUGUCGUUGUGAUUUGAUGUCCAUUGCACACGUAAACUAAUCAGUUCUUCCAAUGGCACAGAAACACCUGAUCCCAUCUAGUAUUAGUCACUUGCAUUUUCCUUUUAUUCGAUUUGCACUUUUUGUACUUGUUUAUUACGAAUCUGGCAAAAAGUUCAAAACUUAAGUAUUUGAAUUACUGAUUUUAUGCCUGUCUCGUUCUUUCCAAUGAUGGUCUCUUGCGUUCAUGCAUAAAAUAUCCAUGUCUGUUCUACUUUGGUUUUCUAAGUAUUAAGCAUUUGGCAAUAGUGCACUUGUACUCUAUAGGCACUGUCAUUUUGAUAAUACGUGUAGGAUGGUGCGUAUUAGGUCCGGUUACUACGGCCAUAUGCAUUGUAAGCGACAUUUAGUAUGAUACACGAGAACCCUACUUAUA